GUGCAUCUCACUGUCGCUGUUUCUUCGUGGUUUGGAAUUACUACAAACACCCAGAGGAACAGUUUGCUUCUCAUUUAUGGAAACCAUCUAAUAAGGAUUUUUGGUUGUUCCCCAGUUUGUCUGAGCCGGAGACGUCAGGAUGAGUUGGGGUGCCCUGUAUGCCCAGCUGGGUGGAGUCAACAAGCACUCCACUAGCCUGGGGAAGAUCUGGCUGUCUGUCCUUUUCAUCUUCCGGAUCACCAUCCUGGUCUUGGCUGCUGAGAGUGUCUGGGGCGACGAACAGUCUGACUUCACCUGCAACACCCAGCAGCCCGGCUGCAAGAAUGUCUGCUACGACCACUUCUUCCCGGUGUCCCACAUCCGCCUCUGGUGCCUGCAGCUCAUCUUCGUGUCCACACCCGCCCUGCUGGUCGCCAUGCACGUGGCCUACAGGAAGCGAGGCGACAAGAGGACCAUCAUGGCCACGCACGACAAGAUGUGCGAGCACGACCUGGAGAACCUGAAGAAGCGGCGUCUCCCCAUCACCGGGCCGCUGUGGUGGACCUACACCUGCAGCCUGUUCUUCCGGCUCAUCUUCGAGGGUGGCUUCAUGUACGCACUCUACUUCGUCUACGACGGCUUCCAGAUGCCCCGGCUGGUCAAGUGCGAGCAGUGGCCGUGCCCCAACAAGGUGGACUGCUUCAUCUCGCGGCCCACGGAGAAGACCGUCUUCACCAUCUUCAUGGUGUCGUCCUCGGCCAUCUGCAUGGUGCUGAACGUGGCGGAACUGUUCUACCUCAUCUGCAAGGCCCUGAUGAGGUGCUCCAACAGGAUGUCCAAGAAAGGGCGCUCCUACAGCCACCCUGACCCCGUGAACCCGGACAAGGCCCUACUGCAGAACAAAAAGAAUGAAAUGCUGCUGUCGGCCUCCACGGACGCCUCAAGCAACAAGACAGUGUGAACGCCCCGUAGAGACUGAGGACCAGACGGAACCCUAUCAGUGUUGUUAACUGUGACACCAUGUUUGCAUUUCAGAGAGCAGAAGCCUGUGAUUCUGCCUGCUGUUGAAGUGUAUCUGCACCUUCCACAACUUUCCAAACUGUUCCCUAACUAACAUAGUGCGUUACUUAGGGCACCGGGAAUGGUAGUGUUAGAAUGUAUACCGGCAUUGGGCUGUUGGAUAUGGAGUGUGAAGUGUUUGAUCGGAGUGUGAAGUGUUUGAUCAGAGUGUGAAGUGUUUGAACUAGUCCGUUUUGGUGCUGUGUCCAGGCGUCUCAGAGCAGGACUGACCUAGGAUCAGCUCUCCUGAGCUGUUAUUGGGGUCAGCACACACCACUGAUCCAGGGUCAGCCCUCCUUCUGAUGCACCUGAAAAAACACAGGACCCAGGUCUCUUGAAGAGCACCAUAUGUCUGUAGCGCCCUCUUGUGGUGGGUUUGCAGCAGUCUUCAUCUCAAGAUUGCUUGGCUUGUAUGUGUUUAUGAGAGUGUUUUAUUCCAGCAGAGUGUGUGCAGCAGCACCAGUAUGUCAAAGACAGGAGGCUCGUACAGUAGAGAUGCUAGCAGCCCCAUCCACCAGCUAUCCAGUUAACUGUGAAGUUCUGCCAGCCAUCAUGUACCAAAGCAAUACUCUGUGGUGCCUUAAGUCAUUUUCUUUGUUGCAAAUUAAAGAUUUCAUAUACCACUGACAACUAUUUUAGUCUGGAGCUCUCCACUACAAACGUCAACUACAACAACAUAGAACAACCUGUGCAAGUCCCAUAGAUGUUGUGACAUUGGACACAGUCAAAUCCAUUGGUGUUUCAAGGCCCUGGUUUGGAAAUGUAUUAUUGGGUUGCUUGUUCCUUUCUGUAGUCAGUGGGACAGGUGUUGGCGCCCCCCAGUGGUGAAACUGAAGCUUUAGGAACCGAUCACAACUGGUGGUGUCACCUUUCAUCUGGUGCCUUAAUUUAGCCACUAAAGUAAUCACUCUUCACCCUUUCAAUGUGAGCAGCCAUGGCGGAAGCAUUUGUUGUGGCCAGAUCAAGUUGACCAUGUCCACUGUAAACAGGCAAUGAACUGUAGACAAUCUUUUAUCUGUAGAUGGGAGAAGAUGUGAUCACAGGCUCAGUGGUGAAUAAGCACUCCGAGAAGGCUUUGCUACUUUUUAAAACCUUUUGUAGAUGUGGAUGGUUGUGAUAUUAUUUCAUUUCUGGUUUUAUAUUAAUGUAAUGUGAUUGCUGUAAGUGGAUACCAAAAGAUGUAUGAAAAUGUUCAAAUUUGAAGGUGUAGAAAAUGAGUUUAAAAGCCUUAAACCUCUGGUCCCAGUUAUCACAUCUAAUGUUGUCAUGUCAUAACGCCUACUAACGUUCUGGAUCUCGUUUCUAACUGCAUGCUUCAAGGGGAUGAUGAUUAUUGUAGCCUAUUUUUAAAAUGCACUUUGACCCCCAUUUUUCGAUGAUAUGUUAAGACUUUUCGAUACAUUUUAAUACAAUUUUAAAACGUACAGCAUU